GCGCUCGCCCCGCGCCCAUCGCCGUCGCCUCCGCCGCCACCGUCACGGUCACCGCAGGCUCGGCUGCUGUCGUCCUUUCCCCCGCCCUCCCGCGGCCGGGCCACCCGGACCCCCCGCCCGCGCGGCUCCCGCCUCGCCACCCGGUCCUGCUCCGCCCCGCCCGCGCGGGCUGCUCACCUACCGCCCCACGCGCGCGCGCUCGUGCACCACGCGCCCCGUGCGGCCCGCCCGGAACGUGGCCUCCCGAGAGCUAGGUAUGAAAAAGCAGGACAGCCAAAGGAGUGAUGCUCAGUGACCUGCCCUCUGGCUGGAUGCUUGUGCCUCGGGACACCGGCAAGAACACUGCGCCAGCUCCUGGGACCCGCACUUUAUCCCCUUAGUGCUCCUCUGUGCUUGAACUGCUACAGCCAGCUGACCACGAAUGGCUACCCAAAGGAAACACUUGGUGAAAGAUUUCAACCCUUACAUCACCUGCUACAUCUGUAAAGGCUAUCUGAUCAAGCCCACCACAGUGACGGAAUGCCUACACACAUUCUGUAAGACAUGUAUUGUCCAGCACUUUGAAGACAGCAAUGAUUGUCCAAGAUGUGGCAACCAAGUUCAUGAAACAAAUCCAUUAGAAAUGUUAAGGCUGGAUAACACGCUGGAGGAAAUUAUAUUUAAACUGGUGCCUGGACUACGAGAACAAGAACUUCAGCGUGAGUUGGAAUUUUGGAAGAAAAAUAAACCUCAAGAAAAUGGGCAAGAUGACAUUUCGAAGGUUGACAAAUCUAAAACAGAUGAAGAAGGUGAUGAAAACCAAGAUGAUAAGGACUAUCAUAGAAGUGACCCUCAAAUUGCUAUCUGUCUGGACUGUUUACGAAAUAAUGGGCAGUCAGGGGACAAUGUAGUGAAGGGUCUCAUGAAGAAAUUCAUUCGCUGUUCUACACGAGUUACUGUAGGAACUAUUAAAAAGUUUCUAAGUUUAAAACUAAAACUUCCAAGUUCUUAUGAAUUGGAUGUGCUGUGCAAUGGUGAAAUUAUGGGAAAGGACCAUACUAUGGAAUUCAUCUAUAUGACGAGAUGGCGCCUAAGAGGAGAAAAUACAUACCCGAUGGUAUUGCAGUAUCGACCAAGAAUUGAUUUUGGGUAGGCCCUGGCCCAGACUGCACUGAAUGAAUCCUGCACUAUUUGUUUACUCGUCGACAGAUUGCACAGUGAAUGGUGUGUGGACUUGAGAGAUACAAUCUGAGUUGAGCAUGCACAUAAGGCCAUUGUCAGUGUCCUUCAUGUUCUGUCUAUUAGGAGCGAUCCAAGUGCCCUUCUGCUACUGACCAUCUGCGUAAGAUAUCCGUGCCGUCUCCUCUCAGUGUGCGAGGCUCGGCUGAAGUGAGUUAGGUAUCCAGCCGUGACUCUGCUUUCUCAGUGUUUUGCUUGCCUGUUGCAAGAUUGUUCUAAUGUUUAUUACACUAGUAAAAUGGCUCAAUCCUUGUGGUGUUGCAGUUUUCACAUACUUAAUACUUUUAUUCUUAUUAAAAUAGAGUACUGUACAAGAACCUAGUAUAAUUAUAUCUUGAAAUUAUUUUGUAUAAGAAUAUAUUUAGAAAAGUGGCUUCUGAGCCACUGUCCUAUUCUUGGUAAACUUUUAUGUAAAAAAGAAUAAACAACCAAAAAAAAAAAAACCACCCCCAAAUGCCAGCUUAUUCUUGAGUGUGCAAGUCUUUUGUGACGAAUUCCAGUUAUUUUUUGACAAGAGCACAUUGCAAUUGGAGAUGUCGUAAACGUCUGGGUAGUCUAUCUACCAUUGCACAGGAAAUCGCGUUAGGCCUUCAUGUUGCAACAUAUGUGAUGUGGACAACUGAAGUUCAAAAUGUAGGCAGCUGAUCAUAUCGACUUCUAAUAAAAUAAGUGUGUAAGUACAUUAGCAUUUGUCGCUGUCUUAGGCAAGUAAGUGCUGUCUAGCCAGUCAUGUGUACAUCAUUGUAUCAUUGAUGCCAUUUUAUGAAACCACUGCUUUUAAGUUGGCCUUAGGUGUGUGUUGUGGAAUGCAGAGGUGACUUUAAAUACUAGGAUUUUUAGAUAACAUUCACCCUUUUAUGGAUUUCCAAACAAUCUCAGAUUGUUAGCUACAUAUCACAUUUCCAAACCAUAUGCACAAAACAAAAUAAACACCAUGUAGUAGAUAAAUAUGCUAACCAAAAUUAGUGGUUUGGGGAUACUGUUAUUUUACCUACUGUAGUAACUGGGGAGAUGGGGUUAUUGUUUUAACUGAGCCCAUUACAGGUGAGUGGAUUAGAAGUCAGAACUAUGCUGAUGCCCUUGAUGUUGGCAGUUUGGUUUAGUCUUCAUUCAUUUUGAAAUUAGCCUGCAAGUCAAACUCCUCUAAUACCUUCCUACAUGAAAACCUUUUAGAUCUGUUGCAAACAGGAAAAGAAAACUGGAAUAUGUCUGCUGGUUGCUUUGAGACAAGCUACUUUUUAGAGGAAGAGGGAAAUUAGGAGAAAUGGCUUGUUUUAGAAAUCAGAUAAGAGCACUGUGAGGUCUACAGUGUUUCUUCAUACUGAACACACAUGCUCUUCAGGAAAAUAUUUCCCAAGUUAAUGCUUUCAGAGUUCCAGAGUACUUCAUAGAGAUGAGCAUUGUGCAGCUGUGAGAAAUACACAGAAUGCAACUGCCUGCAUCUUGGUUUAUUUCAUAAUAUGAAAGACUGGAAAUUAUUAUUAUCUUUCCUUACAUUUUUUCCAAGUCCAAAAGUUUCUAUUAAAGUUGUUGGACUAGAAGUUCACAGCAAUUCCUUAGCUUCAUCUUGUUCGAUUGUAAGAAAUCACAAGCAGGAUUUAAAAGGCAUUUGAUUUACUCUAAAGUGUAGAGAAGGCCAUAACACUUGACCAAAAAACUGAAUUUAUUAUCUAACUACAGAAGUUAUUUUGGUAUUUUGCAAAACCUAAUUCCUAGUUCUCCUUAAGAAAAUUUUAAAGGUCUUACAAUUCAUCACAUUUAGAUAAAUGUGUUUUACAUAUGAAGGUUGAUUUUAACUAAGUCAAAAUCAGUUUUGAAAGCCACAUGCUAGGAGUUGGUUAUUUGACUCCUCAACCAAAAUUUAAUGCCAUAGGUGAAUUUUAUAUACAAGGUCUCUUUAAAUUUUGCUUGUUGCCUGAUCACAUGUAGUGACUAUUUUCUAAGGAAUAUGUAGGAAACAGCAAUCAGAAUGCAGUUUUAUAGCAAUCCCUUUAAUGUUUUUGCAUUGACGUUUUCACUGAGAUGCAGUAGACUCUGUGCCAAAGCAUAGCGUUAUGGAUGUCUUGUGUCAUAAGGUCGGGAACAGGAGGAAUGCGUUCCUAGUGGACUUGGGCUUCUUCGGCCAUCCCCAUCUGGCAUACCCAAGUGUGCAGCACUUUCUUGUCUGGUGUGACAUGCACUGAACUCCACUCAGUUCCCCUUGUCUGGAAUACAAAAACAAGCACUGUGGCCAGCAUUACAUAUACAGGGUUGCUGACAACCCCGCUCCCUUGAGUUUAAAUCUCCAGGAAUAACUAUCUGAAUCUAUAAACACGAGAAUAAGUCAGUUAUUCUUUCAAUCUCUUGUUCCUUAAGCAAUAAACUAAAGAACUCAACUCCAGAAAAAAAAAUUGUUACCUGUUUUACCUGCCUUUAAAAUGAGCAUAAAAAGGCCAUGGAAUCUUGGAUAUAAAGAAUGCCUGUAGACAGUAAGAAUCAUUUUAAAUUGCAGUAAUGACAUCACUUAAUAGAGAGAUAAAAUUGUCCCUUUCUCUAGAUUAGAAAUAAAUUAAAGGCUCAUUUAUGAGAUUAUAUUAAAUCUGAAGUUUGGGUGACUAUAAUUAUGUUUUGGCAGCUUUUAAAUAUUCUUUAUUCACUAGGCAUAUGCCCAUACUAAUAUGCCACAUUGUAAAAAUGUAGUGAGUUAGCACAAAUGUUAAUUUAAACUGAGUCUUUAAGGGGAAAAAAGUGUAAUUUAGUAUUGUGAACUCUUAAGCUUUACUGACUCUAUAAAUGACAGUGCCUCAUUGCUGAAGUGCAUUUCUGUUUUAGGUUUCCUACAUCAGCCUCCAGUUAUCUGUACCUGUCUCGUAAAUGGUUUCAUAUCUAAAUGGGCACUUACAAGCUAAAAUAAUCUUUUUUUAAAGAGUUUUGUAAGAAUAUAGGUAUCACCAAAGACAUUUUACUGUUAGUAACCAUGUUAGAGACAGUUUGGAUAGUCCAGAAGAUGGGAACUGUUACAUUGUAACCUGAUUAUAAAUAGGCAAUAGUAACCUUGAUUGGUUACUAAACUAUUACCAAUGAAGGCAUGGCAGUGAGUUUUCUUGGUGGAACAAGUCAAGUGUGUCUUUCUUGCUACAGUGGGCAUGUUUCCCUUCAGAUAUGUUCACUGGCUUGGUUUGGUUUGGUUUUUUUGUUUGUUUUCAGCACCAUUUGGUAUAUCUUAGGAAAUCCCCAAAUAUGAGAAAAAUAAACAAUAAAAAUAUCCUCCCCCAUGAAUAAUGGGAAAAAUACAAACUUAUAAAAGAGAAAUUGAAAUUGAGAUUUUAAAUUUUAAAAAGUCUUUUAUUCUGUGGUACGAAGGAAAUUCAGCUUGCUUAGCACCAUUGAAGACAGGCUUUAAUAGAAGUCCUGACAGGCCUGCCUGUGUGGACCACAGUUCAGCAGUCUGCUGGGUUUACAGACAGUGGAAGUGCUGGCAAGCCGUGUAGAACACAGUCCGUUCUACUGGAUUUACAAAAGUACUUUGGUUGGUUUUAAGAGUGGACAUGUGAUUGUAUUUUCUCUUGAAGUGUUUCUCAGCAGCCACCUCAUUCUUACUAAACUUAGCCAUGUGGCCAAAUUCUGACCAAAUGGAGCACUGAAAGGUAACCCAGUAUGCCACGCUGUCUUCUGGGUUGGCAAUCUUCUACUUUGCACCGCGCUGAGAUGAGAUCAGCUGAGCUUACAUAAGCCUCUACGGAGCUGAUGAAUGUCCCAGCAUCCUGUGUAUGCAAGCCCUGUACAACUGAGCCUCAUCCCUCAUCCAUCCCUCUGAUUGGGUAGGAAUUCUCUAGAAAGCGAAGCUUUAUACCAGUAGAAUAUUGGUAUGAAUUUGCCAAAACUUCUUUUCUGGGUUAGAAUCACAAAACUUGAAAUGCGACUACCAUUGUUUCCAACAUGUAACUCCUGGGGAGCAAUACGGGAUGUGCCUGCUAUGACAGAGUGGGGAGUGGUCAAAGGCGUUGUCAAAGGCACUAAAGACUUGGAAGCACACUGCAGAGGCCAGAAUCACCAGUUGUUUGGAUUUACUUGAUAAGCUUUGCUCAGUGUGUUUUAAUUAAACAAAAACAAAAAUAUAAAAUUAAGAUAAAAAACAAAAUGUCUUUUACACAGUAGGGACCUUAUGGUUUUACUAUGUUAAGUAGUGUUUCUCAGGUCAUUUGGAAUAUGAUUAUCACAAGUAGUAAGUUUACUGACCAUCGUAUUUUCGAGUAGGAUUAAAAUCUUUGGGCUUUUUUUUUUUUUUCAGAAAAUGAUAAAAGUUAAAUUUCAAAAUAAUUGCUGUAAAUUCUCGUGCAACUGUAUCUAUCCUCAGGCCGCUUUUCCCUGAUACAAAACAGCAGUUUUCCAGAGAUACGUUAAAGACUAGAUCUAGUUUCCUUCUGUUUUGUACCAUUGCUAGAAAAAGAACCAACUGUAGCACAAAGGAAGACUCCCCAUUCUGGGGGCAUCUGUACAAAGUCUAGCGUGUUGACAUGAGCCCAGAGCAGGAGCCCUCCACACAAUGACAUCGGAGGCCAGCCUGGCUCUGUUGGAGGACAUUUUUCUUUGGCAGUUUUCAGAAUGGGGCUGGGGGCCUAAGUGUCCUUAUGAAGCUGUGGUCCAGGACAAGAGCGUGGGGUGGGGGAUGUGUUCCUUCACUUUCCUGUGUCUGGCAACUUAACAGCAAUUAUUUCUUAGAAUAGCCCUCGUGGUUGUUAAAUCUAGCACAGAAUAUAUUGUAAAGUUACAUUGCUAAUUUUAUUUUGAAAUAUGAACUAUUUUAAGCUUUUUGUCAAAAGUGGUUAACAUCUUAAUACAAAUAAAAACCUUUUUGUGGUUGUAAGAUUUAGCUUAUGAAUCAUUCAAAUUGAAGUGAAACAAUUGCCAGGUCAUUGUUCAUGACUUAGUCUAUUAAGAAUCUAUGUAUUUUUGUAAAGGAAAAGCACUCGUAGAUAUUUAAUCAGUACAAGGUCUAUGUCUGUUUUGCAGGAAGAAAAUGCUGCUUAGAGAUUCUCUUUAAAUAUUUUUUUAUUUUUGUGCCCAUGUAUUUUCUGUUGAUCUUCUGAAUGUUCUGUACAAAAUUGUAUGACUGUACUGUUGUGCUGGAUACAUUUUUUUUUUAACUCUGGGCUUAGCUGUGUAUAUUUGACCAUGUUGAAAAUAGUAUCUUUGUUAUUAAAUUUUUGAUUGUA